AUGGCUGUGUUAUCUGAAAUCGAAGAGCCGCCGCAGCCGGCGCAACCUCCGUCGGCAGGGCUGGGUGCGGGCGAGAGUAGCUCUCGAGCGCGCGAAGUGUGCGAAAGUGGUAACGGGUCGGACGAGUUUCCGUACGACGGCUCGCUGAUGUCGCUGCUCAGACAGCACGACGAUCGACCGUUGGAGCUUCUCCGUACGGUCGUUGGAUUCUUGCGGCGAAAGUCAGAUUUCUUUGCAGACGCGCGGUCGGAGACUCAAGCGGGGAAGCUGAUCCACUCCGCGCGAGUGCAGUUCGAGAGGGAGAUGCGGGACCGCGAGCAGCGGAGAGAGCAGGAGGCGGAGACGGAGCGGCUAGAAAAGGAACGAGAGAAGGAGAGAAUUGAGCAGGAGAGGAGAGAGAGGCAGGAGGCGGCAGAGAAGGGGAAGGAGAAGGCAGCGGUUGGGAGUGGUGCGGAGGGGAAGGACGGUGCGGCUGCAAUGGAGAUUAGCGAUGGGGAGGCGAAGGAGAUGGAGGAGGAUGGAGAAGAGCCUGUUGCCAGCGGGAAACUGAAACCAUCUCCGGGCAAUGGAGUGGAUCUGGGGCGAUACUCCUUCACACAGACUCUGGGAGAAUUGAAUUUGGCCAUUCCUCUCCCCGCUGGCACCAAGGCACGGGGAGUGGCGGUGGAGAUCAAGAAGACGAGGCUGGUGGCUGGGCUGAAGGGGCAGGCGCCUGUGCUGGAGGGCGAGCUCUGGGCGCCAGUGAAAGUGGACGACUGCAUCUGGAGCAUUGAGGACAAUCCUGGGGGCGGUCGCACCCUCUCCAUCCUCCUGACCAAGGUCAACCGCAUGGAGUGGUGGAGUGCGGUGGUGCGCGGUGAGCCGGAGAUCGACACUCAGAAGGUGGAGCCUGAAAACAGCAAGCUGGGCGACCUGGACGCUGAAACGAGGCAGACUGUAGAGAAGAUGAUGUACGACCAGCGGCAGCGGCAGAUGGGGUUACCAACAAGUGAGGAGCAACAGAAGCAGGAGAUUCUUAAGAAGUUCAUGGCUCAGCACCCUGAAAUGGAUUUCUCCAACGCAAAGUUCUCCAUGUGA